AUGGUUGCUUUGCAAAAGAAGCUUCUCAAGGGUACUCUCAGGAAAAAUAUUGAAGUCAGCUGUGUCGAUCAUGGAAUACAAUUGAUUAAACAAAGGCUUCAAUCAAAAAGAGUUCUCAUUGUCCUCGAUGACGUCGAUCAUGUUGGACAAAUAUACUCAUUAGCGGGAGGGAGGCACUGGUUUGGUCCUGGAAGUAGAAUUAUCAUUACCACUAGGGACCAACACUUGCUGAAUUUUUCUACAGGUGAUGUAAAACACGAGGUCAAGUGUAUGACCAAAAGUGAAAGUCUACAGCUUUUCUGUAGGCAUGCUUUUCAAAAUCAUUACCCUCCGGAAGACUUUGUGGAGCUCUCUGAAAGCUUUGUAACGUAUGCAGAGGGGCUUCCUUUAGCACUUGUGGUUUGGGGAUCCAUGUUAUAUAAAAGAAGCAUGGUUGAGUGGAGAAGUGCCCUUGAGGAAUUGAAGCAAAUCCCUCAUGAUUCGAUACUAGAGAAACUUAUAAUAAGCUAUAAUGGGCUCCCUGAUCAUACAAUCAAGGAAGCAUUCCUCGAUAUCGUAUGUUUCUUCGAAGGAUGGGACAAGGAAGAUGCUUCUAAAGUCCUUAGCAGUUGCGGUUUCUUCGCUGAAAUAGUAUUUAAUGUAUUGAUCGAUAAGUGUUUAGUAACAAUAAAUGAAUCUAAUCGACUGAGCGUGCAAAAUCUGAUUAGAGACAUGGGAAGAGAAAUUGUUCUUAGAGUAUGCAAAGAUCCAGCUGAGCGUAGCAGAUUGUGGCUUCCCGAAGAUAUUCGUGAUGUGCUUACUGGACACAAGGUAACGAUUCAUUCUACUUUAACGCCUGAAAUAUACUUUCCCAAGAUUAGAAAACAAGGUCUUCUUAAAAUUCCCAAACACUAA